UGUAAACAAUUUUUUAAGCAUGAGCUGCAAUUACGCUGAAGGAUUGUCUGCCUAUGAAAAUAAAGGAGUUUUGGGUGUGCCUGAGAACUUUGACGAUGAAGAAACGGUGCAAAAAAAGUGCAAAUGGUUGGCUGACCUAAUUAAGGAGUCCCAGCAUGUUGUUAUACAUACAGGCGCAGGUAUAAGUACCUCAGCUGGCAUUCCUGAUUUUAGAGGUCCCAAAGGCGUCUGGACUCUCGAGCAAAAAGGCGAGAAGCCUAAUUUUGAUACAUCUUUCGAUGAGGCUAAGCCCACACUAACACAUAUGGCACUUCGUGCUUUAGUGGAGCGUGGCUUUGUAAAAUACAUAGUCUCCCAAAACAUAGAUGGAUUACAUUUAAAAUCUGGUUUGGCUCGCAAACAUAUUGCAGAACUGCAUGGUAAUAUAUUUGUAGAAGUUUGCCCAAAGUGUCGGCGACAAUUUGUGCGUCAGACGGCGGUGGAGACAGUGGGUCAAAAGACAUUAGAACGGCCCUGUAGAUCCAGUGAAAUGGGUAGCAGUCGCAGCUGUCGUGGCGGUUUUAUGCAUGACAACGUUUUAGAUUGGGAGCACGAUCUGCCGGAGCGUGAUCUAGACAUGUCUUUUAUGCAUUCCAAUAUGGCGGAUCUUAAUAUCACACUGGGCACCACCCUGCAAAUUGUGCCAAGUGGAAACCUGCCACUUAAGAAUCUCAAGCAUGGCGGUAAACUCGUCAUCUGUAAUCUUCAACCCACAAAACAUGACAAAAAGGCAGAGCUGAUCAUAUCUAGUUAUAUUGACAACAUCUUAUCAGAAGUAUGCAAGCGCUUGGGCGUAGAGAUUCCAGAGUAUUCUCCUCAAGCUGACCCGACAAAACAUUCCAACAUAUCAGAAUGGACAUUGCCACAAGACAAUGUUAAAGCAUUGGAUAAGCAAUUUAAAGAAUUUCAGAAAGUAUUAAAAUCACGUCCAGGUGGCAAGUUUAAGCCCUUGAUAGUUGAAAGACAGUUACUUAAAAAGCGAAAAAUAAGUGAAUAAAAGUAAACCUAAG